CCCUUUCCUCUCCCCCGUCCUCUUCAUCCCUCCCUCCCUCUUUCUCUCCUCCCCCCGCUCCCUCGCCGCGCUCCUCCAUUUCCCUCGGCCGCGGGCACGCCGGUUCCCCCAUCCCAAGUACCAUGCUGUCCGCGGAGACCGGCCUCCCGCCCGAGUCCGGGCCCGGCCCGGCCCCGGCGGCCCCGGCGGCCCCGGAUGCCCCAAUGGCUCCGACCCAGCAGACAGCCGGACAUUCCAUGCAAUUGGACUCGGAAGAUUCCGAUCGGACGCCCGAUGACAGCGUUGACUCCGAUGACUCGGCCCCCUCAUCCUCGGCGGCCGGGCCGAGGCGGCCGUCGCCCCGGACGCGCGGCCCGGGCCGGCCCCGACGCCCCGGCGCCAGCGCCGCCCCCAAGCCGGCCGCAUCGUAUGGCAGCCGCCUUCCCCCGACGCAGGAGUUCCGCCAGGCGGCUCUCCUGUCGGCGGCCACCCUCCCCGGGCUGGACACCAGUCUCCCGCACUUCCACGACGACCUGACCAAGCCGCCCUACUCCUAUGCGUCGCUCAUUGCCCAGGCCAUUCUCGCCAGCCCCGAGCGGCAAAAGACCCUGUCGGCCAUUUAUGAAUGGAUCGCCGCCGUGUAUCCGUAUUACUCCGUCCGGGACCCCGGCUGGCAGAAUUCCAUCCGCCACAACCUCUCCCUGAACCAGUGCUUCUUGAAGAUCCCGCGCUCGGAGUUCCAGCCCGGCAAGGGGGCCUUCUGGUCGAUUGACGACUUGGCCGCGUCGCAGCUGGUGGCCGGGUCGCUGAAGCGCCAGCGCCUCCGCAGCGCCAAGGCCAAGCCGGCCGCCAGCGACGACCCCCCCGAUCCCGAGGCCGACCCCGAGGCCGGAGGCAAGGCCCCCUCCAAGCCCCCGGGCAAGGCCGCCCGGGCCCCGGGCAAGAUCUCCGCCCGGGCUCCGAGCCGGGCCUCGGCCAAGGCCACCAAGGCCACCGCCGCCAACCGGGCGCCGGGCGCCGGAUCGACCACUGCGGUGGCGGCGGCGGCGGCCGCCGCAACGGCAGCCGUGGCCCCGGCCGCCGAGCUGCCCGACUUGUCGGAUCCGGUCAGUGACGAGCUGGCCCUCCUGAACACGGUGUCCGACCCGGACCUCCUGCUUGGCGAGGAGGACGCGCUGGUUGGCAGCUCGGGCCCCCUGUCGCCCGGCGGGUCGCCGGACUCCUCGGCGAUGAUGUUGACUCCCGGCUUGGCGGGUAGCCGGCCCGUGGCUUCCAGCAGCGGCGGCGGCGGCGGCGGCGGCGGCGGCAGCAGCAGCAUCCCCCCCGAGGACGACUCGCUGCUGUGUGCCUCCUCCGGCGGCCGGCAGCUGUCGCCAAGUGCCGCGGCGCUGUUCCCCCUGGGGGGCUCCGGGGCCAUGUCCUCGCCCGGGGGUCUGUUCCACCCGCCGCAACCUUCGCCCGGGGGUGGCCAUGGCCCGGCUCAUGCGCACGCCUUCGCCGGCAGUGGGACCCCCCUGCUCAAGGCGGCUCUGGCCGCGGGGGAUGCCCCCCAUGCGGCGCCCCUCUUCCACCCGGGAACCAGCCCGCGCGAUGUGGCCCGCGGGCGCGACCCGCGCAAGCUCUCCUCCUCGGCCCCGAACAGCUUCUACGGCGGUCUCCCGGGCUCGGGUGCCCUUGAGCACCAUCCUUCCCAGCACUCGCCGUACCUGCAGUUCCAACAGCCGCCGCCGCAGCCGCCGCCGCCGCCGCCGCAGCAGCCGCAUCACCAGCCGCCGCACCAGCUCCACCAUCACCCCCAUCAGCCACAGCAGCCGCACCCGCAGCCGCAUCGGCAGCACCCGCAGCCGCACCCGCUCCAGCACCAGCACCAGCACCACUUGCCGUCGCAGGGGUCCCCCUUCGGCGGCGGUCAGCCCAUCCACCCGGACCACUACCCGCCUCACCAGUACUCCUCGUCGCAGCCGGGGGGGUCGUUCAUGCAUCUGGCCGGGGCCGAGCCCGGCCCUGGGGGGUUUGGCUUUGAGACCGGCUCCAUUGGGCGCUUUGGUCCGGCGCAUUCGUCGCCGAUCGCGAGCUCCAGCUCAGGCGACCUCGGCCCCUUCGGCCAGCACCACCCCUCCUUUGCCCCGGGCCCGGGGGAUGUCCUGCUGCCGGCCGAUCGGGCCACCCUGGCCGCGACCUUCUCCCGCUCGGCCGUCUCCACCUGGUCUGGCCCCCCGGUGUCGGCCCUGUCGUCCGGCCUGUCGACCGGGCCGCACGACCCCCCCUCCUCCUCCUCCUCUUCCUCCUCCUCCUCCUCCUCCUCCUCCUCCUCCUCCUCCUCGGGUCCGGGCCUGGGGGGCUUCGGCGGAGGAGGCGCCGGAGCCCCCGGGACCCGGGGGCCUGAUGGUGCUUCCUCCGGCACCACCAGCCCCCCGCUGUCCUCGUCACCGCAGUCCACCGCCCCGCUGGGGGGCACCUCCUCGUCGCCUGGGCCGUCAGCCCGGCUGGGCAGCGCGUCCGGCUUCCGGGCCCCCUAUGCCACGGGGCUCACCGGGUCCGGGCCGGCUACCAGCACCAAGCACCUGACGGCCGGGGCGACAUUCGCCACGCCGACCGGCGCCGCCACUGCGGCCGCCAUCGCCGGGGGGGUGAGCGCCUCGCCCGUUGUGGCGGCCGGGCUCUUCGGGUCGCCGCUGACCCCCACCCCCACGCCGCCGGUCCCGGGUGCCGGACCCGCCGCCGCCGCCGCCACCGCCGCCGCCACCGCCACCGCCACCGCCGCUGGCUCUGCUGCCGGCGCCGGCGCCACCAGCCCCGGGCUCGGGUCCUUCCCGAAGCGCUUCCGCCGACAGUCGGCCUCGACCGCCGGGAUGCCGGUCCUGUCGACCUCCAUGCCGGGGGUGCAUGUGGCCGGGGCCGGGGGCUCGGCCGCGUCCCUGUCGCCGCUGGCCACGGCGGCGGCCCUGUCCAAUGCCAGUCGGCACCAUCCGGCACCGCUGUCGCUGGUGCAUGGGGGGCUGGACGUGGCCACCCCCUCGCCCGGCGGAGGCCUGCAUGACCCGGGCGCCGCUUCGGCCAUGUUCUUCGAGUCGCCGGCCCCCUCGCCGGUGCUGGGGUUCGUGCCGCUGUCGGCCGGGGGAGGCGGCCCGGGGGGUCCCGGCGGCUCGGCCGACUACGACCCGGCCGGCACCCCGACCUCCGGGCUGGAGUUUUGCUAUGAAGACGACAUCGAUGACGAUGUCCCCUACCAGGCAUAUGGCUUGCCGAGCUCGGUCACUCAGUCGAAGCUCCGGCCGGCUGCCUCGACGCCGAUCUCGAUCGGCGCUCGGUCGGCCGGGCCGCAAGGGCUCCCGGGCCACUCGCCGGCCACCCCGGCGACCGGGGCCUCGGUCGGCACCCCGGCCAGCGGGCCCCUGCUGCCGCCUGCCUCGGGGGGCGUCCUGUCCACCUCCACCUCCUCCUCUUCCUCCUCCUCCUUGUGCUCCUCUCCCGGCCUGCAGUAUCUGCCGCACCUGCCCCAGCCGCCAAGCUCAUCGUACCAGACCCCGGGGCACCAUCUCCUUCACCAGCCGGCGGCCGGGCAUCCCGGCCAUGCCGGGCACGCGGGGCUCCCCUCGCCCUCGCCCUCGCCCUCGUUGGCGUCCCUGCCGAAUGCGGCCGGCGGGACCCCGGCCGAGGGGCCGGACCCCGGGGGGCUGGCCCAUGGCGGCCGGCCCAUUCGCGCCGGCCUGAACAUCACCAGCUUCCUGGCCGGAUCCGGGGGCGCCGAGGCCAGCGCCUCCUUCGGCUCGCCGAAGCGCGCGCGCAAGCUCUCCAUCGACAACAUCCGGCAGUUUUACUCGACCGGGCCCGGGGGCAGUGGCAACGGGUCGCCGCAUGCGCCGAGCCCGCUGGGCGGGCUGGUGGGCGGCGCUGCCGGCGGGUCGCACAGCCCGCAUGCGCCCUUCUCCGCGUCGCCCUAUUCCACCUUGCUGAUGGCGUCGGCCACGGGCGGCGGCGGCGGCGGCGGCGGCGGCCUGGUCACCUCGGCCUCGACCCCCUCAUUGUCAACCCUGUCGACGGCCAGUCCGCCGUAUUCCCCGUUGACUGGCACCGGGACCGGGUGCACGCCGUCCCCCAUGCCGGCGCAUUUGCCCUCGGCCGGGGCAUCUGCCACGUCGGUGGUGGCGGUGGCGGUGGCGGCCGCCGCGGCGGAGGCCGCCGCCGCCGGCUACCCCCUGUCCUACACGCAGGCGGCACACCACCACUCGCUGCCGCUGCUGGCCGGUACCAGCCCGUCCCCCUCGUCGCCGCCGUUCGGGGCCCAGGCCGCCAUCCCGGUGGUCCCCUUCCAGCAUCCCUAUCACCACUCGUCGCAGGCGCAUCAUCACCACCACCACCACCACCACCUCCCGCAGGCGCAUCACCAUCACCACCACCACCAGCAGCAGCAGCAGCAGCAGCAGCAGCAGCAGCAUCACCAUCAUCCACACCCCUCGCAGCAUCACUCGCACCAUCACGCCUUCUCGACCGGCUCCCGGCCGAUGGCGUCGUCCCUCCGCCGGUCGCAGUCCAGCGGCAUUCCCCUCUCUUCACACGACACCACGACCCCCUUCCCCUCGUCGCCCCUGGCCUCGGUGCCGCCGGUGACCAAGAGCACCCUGGUCGGGGGAUUGGCGGCUCCUCCGCCGGGGGCCCCGAGCCCCGGGGCCACCCGGCCCCCCCCGGCGGCGGCGUCGGCCACCUUCGGCGCGGAGAUGGCCUCGGCCAGCGAGCCGCCAGCGCCAUCGUCCUCAGCCUGGUCCACGGGACCCGACGGGGGUGCGAUGGCGGCCGGGUCGGGGCCGGCCCCGGCUGCCGGUGGCGCGUCCUUCGGCCUGGCCCCGGUGGACGGCUCGCUGGCCCCCCACGCGGGGGCCGGCCCCGGUCCCGGCGGGCAGACCCACUCUCGGUCCUCCUCGGCCCCGGGGUCGGUGGCCCUGCCAGCGCUCUUCGGUGGCGACCCCCCGGCCGCAUCGGACCUGGUGGCCUCGCUCAGCACCUCGGGCUUGGAUAUGCCACUUUCCUCGUCCGAGAAUUUGCUGCUGGUGUCCAGCCACAGCGGGCCGCUGUUGUCGGGCCCCGGCGAUGACAUGCAGCUGGCCUACUCGCAGUCGGGGUCCGGGUUUCACCUGCAGCAGGCGCACCACCCGUAUGCCGGGCAUCAGCGUCAGUCGGAGGCCGGCUCAGUGACCGGGGUGGCCUCGCCGCCGCCACCACUAGCGUCGUCGUCGUCUUCAUCGUCGUCGUCGUCGCCACCGCCGCCGCCGCCGCCGCCGCCGCAUCACCACCACCAUCACCAGCACCUCCACCACCACCACCAGCAUCACCCUCACCAGCACCACCAUGUCCCGCUGUCCGGCACCCUCCACGCGCAUGAGCAGGCCUCCAUGGUGGCGACGGUGGCCUCCUCAGACCAUCCUGCUCAUCUGGCCUCGGCCCAUCUUGAGUCCACCCCUCCCGGCCUCGAGCACCUCGAUCAACACUCACAGAGGCUGCCGCCGCCGGCUGAGCAGCACCCAGCGCGUGCGACGUCGUCCCGGUCGGACUUCGCAUACGACCAUGCGGAGCCCUACCCCGGCUAUGACGGCCUAACCAAGGACCCCUCGGUCUCGAUGCUGGUGCCGCCCCUGUCAGCACUCAGCAUCGAGUCUGACAUCAUGGCCACGCAGUACUUCACGGAUUCCAUCUUCCCGGUGACCUCGGAUGUCACGGCGCCUGAUGGCGAACCAACGGCCCUGGUGUCGGACGACUCCUCCGCCUCACAUCAUUUUGAUUCGGCUGUCAAUGCCGCAUCCUCUGCCCCCGGGGACCUUUUCGCCCAGUCCACCUUCCAAAGUGACAGUGGUGUGCUGGAUAGCGACUUUUCCUCGGGCUACCUGCCGGACUUCCACACCAGCGCUGCACACGGGCCCGGCUCCUUCGCUGGCUCGGAGAGCAAUGCCGAGGCGCAAAGCUCGCCGUCCACCUUCUCCUCGACGCUUCUUUAGUGUUCCUGCGGUGUCCUCGCAGACACGCAGCCCCCCCCCCC